AUGGAGAACAGAGGCCACGGGCAUCAUCUUACACAUGCUCGCAGCACCGCUGCCGUUUUCGAGGCGGUACGCCCGUCACCCCUCCGUCCCAAUAACCACAACAGCGGCCGCCACCUGGCCAUUCAGAGAGCAAGUGCACCGUGUCCGCGGAGGGAACUCUGGAAUGAAAUCCACCGUACUUCUGUCAACCUCGUGCCCCUGGCGCCGCUCGCUGACCGGAGCACAGCUAGCACGCAACGACCAGAAGUUGCGCCCGAACUCGACGUGACGGAGCCGGAGGAGACUAUCAAACGCAAGGCGGCGGAGGUGGUCGCAGUGCGAGGCAGGUUGGACGUCCUCGUGAACAACGCAGGGGAACGCGCCGAAGAGCCUGCUCGAAGAGAGAGGAUCCACGAUGAUGGCCCUGGAUCAGUUCAACGUGUACUUCGGCUAGCUCAGGGACGUCACGCACGCGAUUCUGCCCUAUAUGCGCGAACGCAGAUCUGGGACUGGGACCGGGCGGUCCAGUUCAUCGUCGACGUGGUGCCGGGCGAAGGACGUGCCGUGGGGAGGACGCUUCUGUUCCGGCUGCUGCUCCGGAAUGCGACGGAUGUGAAUGCGAGGGCGCACUCAGAGCGGCUCGCGCAGGAUAUGGAUGCGUGGCAGGACGCCGGGAAGAACCUGGAUUUCGAUGAAGAUCAGGGGCAGGAGGCGCGGGCGCUCGCACGAAAAGGAGGACCUUAG